AUGAUUAUCAAAUUUACUAUACAUAUUGACCUUGGUCAACUUAAGGAUCAUGAUGUGGCACCAGCCAAGGAUAUCACCAUUUGUGCCGAACCGGUCCCUGUCCCUGUCACCCCCAAUUCGCCACCACACAACGAGUCAAAACCUGUAACCCAAAGCGCGACUACUGCCCUGAUUGCUGAAGUCCGUCUAACUUUAGCUCCAAUUGGCGAGGAGAGAAACGAACUUGAGAACCAAAACGCAUUUGCACAACCAACUUCUGCACAACCAACUUCAGCCACCGAUAGUUUUUGGUCUGUGUUGGACACCGAGAUCAGUCAAACAACUCCUACCCUAGGCCAAACCACACCCGUCACAUCGUUACCUGCGGUGGUUGAUCACGGGAUGAACCCAAGUACACCUGGCCCAUUUACCUCAUUCCUCGCGGCCUUGCUAUCUCGGUUUGGCUCACGCUCGGUAUCACCUAUGGUUGAUACCAUCAAUCCACAAUAUCUGUUGCCUGGAAUUGAUACUCGUUUAACUAAAUACAACAAACGACAGCAGAUUGAUAAUAGAGAAGCCGAAGGUUCCAACUCUAAGAAGCGUCGAAUGUGA